CCUCGACCAGUCAGUUGGUCUGAUCUUCCAGACACUCAUGCACAAACCAGCAAUGUUGCUCACCAAGCAGUGCUGUCAGUUGGGCUGGUUUCAACUUUGACCAAUUUGACUUAUCCAUUGAUUAUUCCUGACCUAAUUCUAAACCAGAGCCAUCAACAAAAAAUACCUUUUCAUUCUCUGAUCAGUCACACACAGAAGACUGGUCACUUGAAAUCAAUGAAUCCAGCCAGUCAGUUUGAAAUGCCACCCAGGCCUCUGCAGGCCAGCAUCUCAAUAAAGGAAACCAUGGGAGCACCUGAGAUUCUUUUCAGAGAGUUUCAUAACAGAAUGGUGACACAGAGAAAGGCACUGACAGGGUCCUCGUAUAAAAAAAAGCUGCCUUUUCUUCUGAAAACUGGAAGCCCUGCUCAUUGGUACAAGGCAUUUAAUUCACGUGACCUUUUGUUGACAGCCAUACCUAACCCUGUGGGCACCCUACUGGUGUCCACCCCAACCACAGUGGGGGCAUCCACUCGACCUGGUGAUAACCUGUUGUUGUCCACUCCCCCAUCGGAGACUCUGCCAGUGUCCACUCCUCCCACAGGCUCUCUGCUACUGUCCACUCCUCCCGCAGAUACUCUGCCAGUGUCCACUCCCCCUGCGGACAUUCUGCCAGUGUCCACCCACUCUGCAAAGACUCUGACAGUGUCCAUUCCCCCUGUGGAGACUCUGCCAGUGUCCACUCCUCCCACAGACUCUCUGCCAGUGUCUACUUCCCCCGCAGAGAUUCUUCCAGUGUCCACUCCCCACACAGAGAUUCUGCCAGUGUCCACUCCCCCUGCAGACUCACUGCCAGUGUCCAUUCCUUCUGCAGACACUCUGCCAGUGUCCACUACCCAUGCAGAGACUCUUCCAGUAUCCACUCCUCCCACAGACUCUCUGCCAGUGUCCACUCCCCCAGCAGAGAUUCUGCCAGUGUCCACUCCCCGUGCAGACUCUCUGCCAGUGUCCACUCUCGCUGGAGAUACUCUGCCAAUGUCCACUCUUCCUGUCGACACUCUGUCAGUGUCCAUCCCCUUUGCAGAGACUCUUCCAGUGUCCAUCCCUCCUACAGACACUCUUCCAGUGUCCAUUCCCACUGCAGAAGCUCUGCCAGUAUCCAGUCCCCCCACAGAUGAUCUGACAGUGUCCACUCCCCCUGCGGACAGUCUGCCAGUGUCCACUCCCCCCGCAGAGAUUCUGCCAGUGUCCACUCCCCUCACAUUCGUUCUUCCAGUGUCCACUCCAGCAGAGACUCUGCACAUGUCCACUUUCCCUGCAGAGGCUCUGCCAGUAUCCAAUCCCCCCACAGGUGAUCUGCCAGUGUCCACUCCUCCCACAGACUCUCUGCCAGUGUCCACUCCUCCUGCAGAAACUCUGCCAGUGUCCACUCCCCUUGCCGAGACUCUGCCAGUGUCCAUUCUCUCAGCGGAGAGUCUGCCAGGGUCUACCCUCUCAGUGGAGACUCUGCCAGUGUCUACUUCCCCUACAGACACUUUGCCAGUGUCCAAUCCCUCAACAGACAUUCUGCCAACAGCAAUUCUCCCCAAUGAGACCGUAUUAGCAUCCACCUCUUCUCCAAAGAUACUCCUGGCAUCUUUCUCCUUUGUGGCCAACAGUGCAGCAACCAUCCAGUCAAUAAUUUCUCCAUUUACUUUGACGACACGCAACAAUCCUGUGACAAUUAAUCCCUUAUAUAAUGUGCCUUUGAUUUCUCCCACUCAGUCAGUGUUGCCUGACAACCUUCCUGUGGAACUGUUUUGUGACUUUGAACAUGGUCUGUGUGAUUGGGAACAAUCCACAACAGAUGAUUUUGAUUGGGUGCUUCAUCGGUACCAAACAUUCUCAAGAGAAACAGGACCAAAACGUGACCAUACGAAAGGCCAGUGCAAACGCCAAGGAGGUCAUUAUCUGUACCUGAAAGGUUCAUAUUCUCAGCUGAGUGGGGAACAGGCAGCACUCAUCAGCCCUCCACUGAGAGAACAGAAGUGCCUGACCUUCUGGUACAAUAUGUUUGGGAAACACAUGGGUUCCUUAAAUGUAUUCCUGAAAUAUGAACACACGACUUCCUGGCACAAGCUGUGGUCUGUCUCUGGAAACCAAGGUCGGAAAUGGCUAAAUGCUGAGAUUGAUAUUUUCACUAAUGGAGACAAGUUCCGAGUGAUUAUCGAAGGUGUGCUGGGACCAAGCUAUCAGAGCGAUGCUGCAAUUGAUGACGUACAGAUCUACAGAAAUAACUGUGACUCAAGCUGGAAGCACUGGAACCCAACCUGCAAUCGAGGCCUGAAGAAAAGGAACAAAUCGCAUUUGGGUUAGAGUGUUGUGACAGCAAAUUGCUUCUCUCCAGUCCGACAAGGGGUGUGUUGACUGCCGAGGGCAGUGUUCUUGGAUUGGCAAUUCUACACACCAAGAGAUUAAGCGAUGUGUUGUAUUCAGGAGAGGACCCUGCCAGGGAGUAUUAAAGACAUGAAGUGUCACCUUGAGAGAUUGGAGCUUUUUUCAACAACUAACUUUCUUGCCAAAACUUCUUUCUUCUGAGAUUAUAUAGUCAGGA